GCACAGUCCAGGAAUCUCUAAACAGGGUUUAGAGGUCUUUCAGAAGUCCCCCUUUUUUUCCCCUCUCAAAGCUCGGAUUGGUCACAGUGCGGCUCAUUUGCAUGCCUCGCCGUAUAAACCCUCCUGCAGACACUGCAGCCCUCUUGCGCUGAGAGAGCAGCACACCUCCAGUAGAGAGAGAGAGAGAGAGAGAGAGCGGAGCGCAUCCAGAGUGCGCAUUGAAAGACAUAUGGAAUAUUUAUUACUGGCUUUAUACAAAGAAACAAACAACCCCGGAGAGUCGACCAGAGCGGGGAAGGAAUAGCUUUUUUGCAGGUGCUUUGUGUUCAAACUUUAAAUCGGACUCAGUGCGCACAGUUUGUUGAAUUUCAGAUUAUUUUGGAGUGAAGGUGUCAAGAUGGGAGGAAUAGGGUGGAACGGGCUGUUGGUGCUAGUGUGCGUCUUUUUGACAAGCCUGGCCGCUGUCACACAAGGAAAGACGGUAAAAUAUCAGACAUUUGAGGAAGACGCACCAGGGACAGUGAUUGGAAACUUGGCCAAGGACAUCUCCUCCACUGGCUCUUCAUCGGGGGGCUCCAGGACCAAUUUCAGGAUGAUGAAACAGUUCAACUCCUCUUUCAUCCGUCUGAGGGAGAGCGACGGGCAGCUGACUAUAGGAGAGAGGAUAGACAGGGAGCGGAUCUGCAAACACACCCUGCACUGCCUCAUCGCUUUCGACGUGGUCAGCUUCUCCAAAGAGCAGUUCAAACUCAUCCACGUCGAGGUGGAGGUCAAGGACAUCAAUGACAACUCCCCCGAGUUCCCCCGGAAAGAGUCGAGUCUGGAGAUCUCCGAAAACACAGCGGUGGGCACGCGGAUCCCGCUAGACUUUGCCGUGGAUGACGAUGUUGGGGUGAACUACAUCCAAAGCUACCAGAUCUCCGUCAACAGCCACUUUUCAAUCGACGUGCUUAGCAGGGCCGACGGGGUUAAAUAUGCGGAGCUGGUGCUGAUGAAGGAGCUGGACCGGGAGACGCAGGGUACCUACGCGCUUGAGCUGGUUGCUAUGGACGGUGGCAACCCGUCCCGGACCGGAACAACGCGCAUCAACGUCAAGGUGAAAGACUACAACGACAACAGCCCGGUGUUCGACAGGAACAGCUUCUCCGUGGACCUGCCCGAGGACGCACCGGUGGGCUCCCUCUUGUUGGACCUGAACGCGGAGGACCCGGACGAGGGGCUGAACGGCGAGGUGGUGUACGGGUUCGGUAACCAGGUGCCCACAGAAAUACGACAACUCUUCAGAGUGGACAGGAAGACCGGGCGGCUCACCCUGGAGAGCCCGAUUGACUUUGAAAGUAAGAACACGUACGAGUUUGACGUCCAGGCCACCGACCUGGGACCGAACCCGAGCCCGGCCAUCUGCAAGAUUGUAGUGCAGGUGCAGGACGUUAACGACAACGCGCCGGAGAUCUCCAUCACCCCCAUGACGUCCAUCACGGCGGGAAUAGCGUACAUCACCGAGGCGGCGGCCAGGGAGAGUUUCGUGGCUCUGGUCAGCACCUCGGACAGAGACUCCGGCGCUAACGGACAGGUGCACUGCACGCUGUACGGACACGAUCACUUCAGACUGCAGCAGGCGUACGAGGACAGCUUCAUGAUAGUGAGCACCAGCCCGUUAGACCGGGAGAAAAUCCCCGAAUAUAACCUCACAGUGGUGGCGGAGGAUCUGGGCUCCCCUCCCUUCAGAACCAUCACUCAGUACACAAUCAGACUGACGGACGAGAACGACAACGCUCCGGUGUUCAGUAAACCGGUGUAUGAGGUGGCCGUGGUGGAGAAUAACGCACCGGGCGCGUACAUCACCACGGUGGUGGCGCGGGACAUGGACAUGGGGUCAAACGGGAAGGUCAGCUACAAACUGGCGGACACAUACUUUAUGGGCUCCCCCAUCUCCACCUUCGUCUCACUGGACCCCGCCAGCGGGUCGCUUUACGCGCUCCGGAGCUUCAACUACGAGGUGAUGAAACAGCUGGAGCUCCGUAUCACGGCCAGCGACGGCGGCUCCCCUCCCCUGUCCGGCAGCGCUAACGUCUAUGUGAGGAUAGUGGACCAGAACGAUAACGCACCGGUCAUCAUUCAGCCGGCGCUCAAUAACGGUUCCGCUGAAGUCCUCCUGCCCCGGGACGCACCGAGCGGCUACGUCAUCACCCGGGUAGAGGCGCGGGAUGCGGAUGAGGGCGUGAACUCGGAGUUGUCCUACGGGCUGGCCACCGGUGAGCCCUCCGUGUUCUCCGUGAACAAAGCCACCGGAGAGAUCUACCUCAACCAGGUGCUCAGCCACGACGUGGACGAAACCCUGAGCGUGACCGUGACGGUGAGUGACAACGGGAGGCCCGCGCUCACCUCCACCGCCACGCUCCACUUCGUCAUCAUCGCGGGCUCCCCGCCGAGCGACAGGACAGUGUACCAGUCGGGCAGCGGGGACGAGGUGCACGCGCAGUGGGACCUGUCGGUGGUGAUUAUCGUUGUGCUCGCGGGGAGCUGCACGCUCCUGCUGCUCGCCAUCAUCCUCAUCGCCACCACCUGCAACCGGCGCAAGCGGGACAAGAGUGGAGAAGACAGCGACUCGUACGGGGAGAAGGGCACGCUGGAGAGGGGCAGGAACCACGUGGCGGACAACCCGCUUCUGCCCCUCCACGGGACCGGGGCAGGAGCGGGCUUUGAGGGACACUCCUACAGCAGCCAGCCCGGCGGGUUCACCCCGGCUCACCCUGGGGGCAGCGACAUGUGCUCGGCCUCAGAGGACGGCAGCGAGGUGCCUUGCGUGUAUGACUCAGACAGCAACAGCAAGCUCCGAGGGAAUAAGCACGAGGGCUACUCCACUCUGCCUGGCUAUGGGAAUGGCAAAGAGGCUGUGAGGCCCAUCACUAUCUGGAAGGGCAACUCCUACACCACCAUCUCUGCCAGGGACCCGGCCUUCAGUGGCAAAGACAGUGGCAAGGGGGACAGUGAUUUCAACGACAGUGAUAGUGAUGUCAGUGGAGACACUGGCCUGAAGAAAGAUGGGGCAGUGGUUCCUCCCAUGGGUGGCCAAAAUGCUCUGUGGGCUUGCACCAGCGAAUGUAAGGUCCUGGGUCACUCGGAUCGCUGCUGGAGCCCCUCGGCAGUAAGAGCCAAUGCAGCGCCCUCCCCAGCCCCGACCCUCUCCUCCUUCAGCAGCCUUUCGAAGACGGCCUCCCUUCCCCGGGACCCCCACCGCAGAGACAACUUCUACCAGGCCCACAUCCCCAAAACAGUGGGGCUGCAGAGCGUGUACGAGAAGGUGCUACACAGAGAGUACGACUACGUUCUGGUCACCCCACCCAGACCUGUGAGGGUGCAGGAGAUCAGUGAUAUAACCCUCCCUGUUUACACCCCCACCCCAACACACUGUCCCAACAAUGAAGUCUAAAACAUACAUUUACACAGACACACAUACACACACACACACACACACACACACACACACACACACACACACACACACACACACACCUAAGCUCACUCUCAAAGAAAUGUAUAGUGUAUUAAAAGUUUUAAUUUAUGAUUCAUUGACAAUGAGAAUAAUGUAACUUUUGAAGUUAUUUGUUGCUGUGGAGAGAGUGCAUAUAUAAGUUUAUAUCCUAAUAUUUGUGUUUUAAUGUAAAAGUCACAUUUGAUGUCCAUUCAAUCACUUUGAGAAAUUUUGUUGGACAUGAAGUGUAUCAUAUGCAAGUUUUGUACAUACAGAGGAUUUAUUUUUUAUAAAAGUAAUAAUUAAGCAAAGAUAUGUAAAUAUGAAUUGUAAUUAUUGAUCUUUAAGCACGCUGACUAUUUAAAAUGGCCCCAGAAACUGUGCAGUUUGAGGGCCAGGUGACCCACAGUGUAUCAAGUUGAUAACGAUGUAUGAAAUUAUUUGAAUGCAACAAGUAAUUGUACAGAUUUUUUUCUAUCAUCACAAUAUUCUGAGAGAAAAUAAACUUUGAAAUACUGUUCUGAGAAA